CAAAGAGGUGAAAAAACAAGAUGAACCUCUAAACACAGAGGAUCAUCACCGCGGAAACGGAGGAAAAAGUAACGACCGAAUAUAAACCGACACGAACGGUCGAAACAUCAAAGCAUGAUUUUGAUAGCAGCACUUAAAUUUUCUCUCUUUUUAAUUUCUUUUAUUUUCCCCUAAAUUUUCUUUUCAGUUUUUGAGUACUCGAAAGAAAAUCCAAACGAACAAAUAUAAAAUUUGGAUUUAAAAAACCUGCGAUAAUCGAGCCAAAACGACUCAGAUGAAUGAGAAAGUUUUUGGUUGUUCUCAAUUGGUUUCCAAGGGGACGGAAAUCAAUGAGGUUCCGUAGUCGGAACUACAUCAAUUCCUGGGGCAGAUUUUUCUGGUUCGCUGCUUUCAUAGUCUCCACUUUCGUUCUUUUCAAUGGCUUCUCCUACUCUAACUUUCGCUUUCUUUUUGGAGCAAGAUUCGAGCCUGUGUUGAAGUUCGCACGCAAAACUCCAACCGCAAACGCCAUCGUGUCUGGCGAACAUCCGGUAACUCAGAUACUCUCUGUUCGUGAAACCGUUUUGCUCCCCGAUCAAGUUAUACUUUUCCUAAAAUACCCUCGGUCGGCUCGUUUAUUUACCAAAGAGGAACUUGAAUGCGUGUACCUCUCGGUUCAUAACCCCUCACCCGUGCCUUGGCUGAAGCAGUCGCCGGCUCGUGUUGAUACGGAGCAGCUAAGUGAGCAGAUCGUACGAUGUCCUAGUGGCCCACGUGGACUACUUAUAACGGUUGGUUCAAAGUCAAAUGGGGUCUUUCCAGCUGGUCCCACUCACCACUGGGACUCGCUUGCGUACGAAGCUUUGGUCGAUAAUGAUAAUACGACGGUCGUUUUUGUCAAGGGGCUUAAUCUACGGCCAGAAAGAGUCUCCAACGCAUCAAGAUUUGAGUGCGUGUACGGCGAAGAUUUUAGCAGGCUAAAACUUGUGUUGAGAUCAGAGGUUUUAUCAAUUGCUCAAGAGAUCGUACGGUGCAGAACGCCUUUAAUUGUUUUGAAUAGUAAAAAAAAAGUCAAUAGCUCUGUUAAGGUUUCAGUUAGGAUCAAGGGUGGAGGAACAUUACCUUCCAUAGCCCGAUUGGGUUUCUUGUCGGAUUCUGGUCGUGACCCGUUACCCACCCGAAAACCACACGAAACGUGCAUUUGCACCAUGGCACGUAACCAAGCGAGGUUUUUGAAGGAAUGGGUCAUGUACCAUGCCCUAAUCGGGGUACAGCGUUGGUACAUUUACGAUAACAACAGUGACGACGACACUGAUCAAGUCAUCGAAUCGUUAUUCAACGCGGGUUACAACAUCUCGAGGCACAUUUGGCCAUGGGUCAAGACCCAAGAAGGAGGUUUCUCUCAUUGCGCCUUGAGAGCCAAGGGUUCUUGUGAAUGGAUCGGGUUCAUCGAUGUAGAUGAGUUUUUGCACUUGCCUUCAGGCUUAUUCUUACAUGAUGUGAUCUCAAAUUUAACCUCAAUCACAACUAGUUUCGGAAACAUUUCAAUAGGCGAAAUUCGCGUCUCAUGUUACAGUUUUGGACCGUCAGGGCUCAAACGGAUACCGAAACAAGGCGUGACGGUCGGAUACACGUGUCGGCUAGUGGUGCCGGAGAGGCACAAGAGUAUAGUGAAGCCAGAAGCAUUGAAUUCCACAUUAAUCAAUAUUGUACAUCAUUUCCAUUUGAGAGAUGAUUUUAGAUUCAUAGAUGUUGAUAGAAGAAUGAUGGUUGUAAACCACUACAAAUACCAGGUAUGGGAAGUGUUCAAACAGAAGUUCUAUAGGAGAGUGGCUACGUACGUGGCUGAUUGGAAAGAUGAGCAAAACGUAGGGUCCAAGGACCGAGCCCCUGGAUUAGGGACUAGAGCCGUCGAACCAGUUGAUUGGUCGAGUCGGUUUUGUGAGGUCACCGACACAGGGCUAAAAGAUAGGGUGUUGCAAAACUUUGCUAACCCAAAAAACUCUCUUUUGCCAUGGCAGACUACAUCUAAUAAAAAGGCAGGACCUUGGUUUGUAGAAGAAAAAAAUACAAGUAAAGUGCAAGAGAAGGAAUAUAGAUUAUUAAAUUGGAUUGAUUUUCUGUACAUAACAAAUUGUUAUUUGGUAGAGUUUUGUAGGAAGCGAAUUUCCAUUCAUUUUCUUUUUUUCCUCCCCAAGAAAAAGAAAAUGGUGAGAGAAGAAGCGAAACCAGCCCCAGAAGAUUCCCAGCAGCCAAACAAAGCUGAGACUAGCCAAAAUGUCGAUAACUUGUUUAGUCCCAGAUUCAAAUCCGUGGCAGCCAUGGCUGGAUGGGACGAAGAAGCCCUCAUCAUAGCUAGUUUCGUCGUCGAAGACACCCCAGACCGCCAACAAUCUAAACAAAAGAAACGCUCCGAUUCGAUAUUCAACACACCGCCAUGCACCAGUUCAAGAAGGAAACGUAGGGCUCAGAGAACUCCAUUUAAUCUCGAUGAAGAACAAGAGGUUCCAAGAGAAGAGAGUGAGAAAGAAUCAAUGGAACAAAGAAUUGUCGUGGAGGAUGAGAAGAAUCCAAAAGCAAAUGAGCCAGCUCUUCAUUGUAUGAAUAAACUUAGAGAAGAGCUUUCAUGUGCAAUUUGUUUGGAUAUCUGUUUUGAACCAAGCACAACUCCUUGUGGACAUAGUUUCUGUAAGAAAUGUUUGAGAUCAGCUGCAGAUAAAUGUGGGAAAAGAUGCCCAAAGUGCCGGCAGCUAAUAGGUAAUGGAAGAUCUUGCACUGUGAACACAGUUCUUUGGAAUACAAUACAGCUUUUGUUUCCCAAAGAGGUUGAAACAAGGAAGGCUGUUGCUGCUGAUGCCUUAAAUAGCAAGGAAGCCUUUGAGUGUCAAAGUCCACAAAGCGGAACUCGAAGCACCCGAACGACUCGAACUCGAACUCGAACUCGAGUUGAAAAUCAAGCAUUGGCUGCAAGGCUGCAGAGGGAGGAUAUUUCGCGACUAGUAAACUCGGAUACCAACAUGACGAGAAGGCGAGGGGACCCGAACCAAGAUAACAAUGCAGCAUCAGCAAGGCUGCAACGAGACAAUGAUCUUUCGAGGUUAGUACGUACCGGGAGGAGGAGAGGGACACCAAGCCAAGAUGAAGAUGCGGCAUUAGCUUUAAGGCUGCAAAGAGAAGAAUUCAUGGAGGCUUUUAGAGGAAGCAGUGGGCAUGAAGGUAAUGAGCAAACGAGGAUCCCUCUUGCUUUAGCUAGAGCCAAUUUGAGAGCUAUGGCAUCAAGAGCCAUUAAUAGAGGCCGCGCUUUAUAAUAUUAUUCCUUUGAAAACCUUUCUCCAUUGUUGCACUUCCAAUGCAACUUAGCUUUGUGCUUCUUUUCUAAUGUUAUGAUCCAUAUUAUUUGAA